UUGUGAGUUCCAUCUUUUCUUAGUCUGUUGUCCUUUAACAUUUUUUCUCUAUUUUGGUUAUCUUGUUAACUCAGGAAUAAUCGGUACAAUCUUUUAUGUCUUGCAGGCUUCCUUGGAAGCAGAGCUGACCCGAGUCACAGCCGAACUUGCUGAAGCCCGUGCAAAUUCCCAGCGUGGUAGCUUGGAGGACAUCGCUGCGCUUGGCGGCCUCAUGAAGGAGAAGGAUGAGCAGAAUCGCCGCCUGGUAGAAACGGCUGCCGCUGAUGCGAGAAAAGCGAAGCAACAAAUUGAUGAGCUGACUGCGGACUUGAAUAAGAAAACGAAUCAAGCGCAGCAACUUGAAGCCAUGUUGGCUGACCAGAGCGAUUAUGAGGCAAUCAAGAAGGAAUUGAGGUUACUUCGAGAAAUUGAGUUUGGAGAUGCAGCGACCGCAAAUGAAGAAUCAAUUACAAAACUUGGAGAAACCGUUCAGUCAUUGGACAGGUUAUUAGCUGCCAAAAAUCGCCGUCUUCAAAAUGACAAUGCCUUGUUGCGACAAGCAAAUGAGCGGUAUCAGGCUGAAGAGCCCCCAGCUGAGGUUUUAGGCGAUGAAGUUAUGCAGGCCAUUUUGGCUGGAAGUCAUCAUGCUGUGGUAGAAGCCGUAAGCACUAAGGUUGGACGUGAAGUUGCCGAAAAUUACGUGGACAAAGACGCUGAAAAGGUGAGGAGCGUGUUUGAUUUUGUCCAUGUAACAUGA